UUGAUAACUCUAGAUUGUGAACGCCUCAUCUUAAACCAACUGCUUUGAGCCAACUUCAAUAGCGUUCCAAGUGGAUAAUUUGUGUAACUCAAAGAUUAUAACUUUUGCUACCAAAUAUGAUCAAAACAAAUAUGGCCGCCGUUUUAACAGAGUUAGCUAGAGUUAGCGGACUCAAACCUGCGCUAUCUGCUAUCUCGUCUGCUAAUCUUUUUCUAACGUACUACUAUAGCAUUGAGUUAACACAAACUUAGCAAAUAGCAGGAGUUAACGAAUAGCUCGACUUAGCCAGCUAACUCCAACAUUGUGAAAAUACCCCUAUUAUCUUCCAAACUGUUUGGCAACUUUGUAAAAAAUGAUCUAUAUCCUUGAACACAGUUGAAUGACUAUGAACUUUGAACUUAUAAACCGGACAAUUGGAAUAACCCUGCAUGUGAAAAGGUGGAUUUAACAUAGCUUUGCAUGCUGUGACUGGAAUGUGGCUAGAAGUGUAAGUUUAUUGUAUCAUUUUAGGACUAAUGGAGACAUUAAUUGUUUCUGCGUAUCCUGCAGAUCUGCGUCAUCGGUUCAGAAUCAAGGAGGCGGUGAAGAAGCCAGCGAAGGAGGAGGAGAAGACACCAACGGAGGUGGAGGAGAAGUCAUCGAAGGAGGAGACGCGAGGAGAAGCAACAUAUGCCUACACAGACGAAGUAUCAGAUUUUGUAAAAAAAUGUCAAGUUAAGGUCGUUUAUUCCCCUGAUUUUAGAUUUACCAGGAGGAAGCACUAUUUUACUUCAUUCUACAAACGUUUAAAUAAAAAAGCAGAAGAUAAUCGGCUUGAACUUGAAAGAAGUCGUACUGAAGCAACCAAUGGAAGCUUUGUCACUCUCGAAGACAAACUUAAGGUAUUGGAGGAUAUGAUGCUCACAGUUACUGCCGAGGAACUCAAGGUGGUUGAAUCAAAGAUGGAGAGAGAGAAGGAAGUGAAGGUUGGUGAGGAGGUGAAUGAGGGAGAGAGUAGAGUUAAAUCCACCAUUUUGGAUAAAGAUGGAUUUAGUGGUACAAAGAACUGCUCUGAUGGAAAAGGAAAGAAUUCUUUGAUGUGGAAGCGAUUGAAAGAACUACUUGAAGAGAACAAUGCUCCAAAAACGUGGGCUGAUAUCAAAAUCACCAGCCAAAAACAUCCCAUAGAUCCUAGCUGUUAUGGAAAAGAAGUGAUUCGGAAGAUUAUCCAUAAAAAGAAGCCUAAAAGGCGUCUGAAGGUUCCAUUCACACGUGGUAGCAGACUUCCACAACGUUUGUCUCGAGAAUUGUAUGAGCAGAUCUCUUCAUCGGAGUCAUCCCAGAACGUGGGAAUUAAGAAACAUGCAUCCCAGAACGAUGAAAAGUCAUCCCAGAACGUGGGAAUUAAGAAACAUGCAUCCCAGAACGAUGAAAAGUCAUCCCAGAACGUGGGCAUUGAGAAACAGCCAUCCCAGAACGAUGAAAAGUCAUCCCAGAACGUGGGCAUGAUAUUGAACAUUGGCCGGCAAAGACCCCUCUACCAUGAGCAGUUUGAAUAUUUGCAAAGUUUUGAGAACGCCAACUUCAUCAGUGCGGACUGGGCGAAACUGGCCGCUUCCGCCGUGCAGCCCUCACCAACCUCCUGCAAGGUGUCCCGUUUACUAAUCCCAGUGCUAUGUGACAAGCUGGUCAAACUGAUCGAGUGUCAAGAUGAGUUGAAAAAGUUCGACAAGAAUGUGGAGUAUGGAAUGGAGAGGCUUGACAUGGAUGGUGAGGAAGAGGAGGAAGAGAGGAAGGAAGAGGAGGAGGAGAAGAAGAAAGUGAAACGGAAAUCGGCAAUCAGUUCUGUAGUGAAAGGCGUCGUCGCUAAACUUGUCGAUACUGUAGUUGCAGACGAAGAGGAUCUAAAUCUUGAUGAAGUAGUUAGUCAACGUCGUGUCGGCAGGGAACUGAAACGACUGAAUGCUAGUCUCAUUGAGGUGGAAGAGGAGGCAGCCAGACCCCCAGAUGACGCCGACAAUAACCUAGCCAAAGUCGAAAAAGAGUACCACCAAACUGUUUUCAAGAAGAAGGACAAAAUUAUCUUUAUGAAGGGUAAUAAUAAGCGGGCUAGAAGGCGUCCGAUGAAGUUGGAUGACCAUGUCUUUGAAGUGGGAGAAGAAAAUGAGGUGGAGGAGGAGGAGGCCACAAAGCGUAGUAGAAUAGACCCCGCCAAAGAGUACAAGACUGACUUGAUCAGGCAGGUGGAAGCAAGUGUAGAACAUGAGCUGUCCAAUCCACCUAUCAGAGAUUGCUUCGUGAAACUAGUCAACGCUAAAUUAGACCAACUUCAAAAACCGAGUGCAAUUGUAAAUGAUUCAGAUGAAACCUCUGAAAACCCGACUCCAAUUGUAAAUAAUUCUGAUGAAACCUACGUAGAAGAAAUUUGUAGUUUACCUAAGUUCAAUCUAAAGGUUCCAGAACAUGUGACACGACCACCUCUUUAUAAAAUUGGAUGCGACAAUGAUGUGGGUCCUUCAAAAUGCAAGAAGAGGAAAAUUGAGGAGAGUGAAAUGGUUAAUUCCAGCCCAUUGUCAAGCAUUGUUAGAACCAAAGAUUUGAACGGUUUGAAACUGGGAUCACUUUCGAGUAACUCAGAUUUGCCAGCAGUGCAACAGAAACGCGUUUUGUUGAACAAUAACUCAUCUCAUAACUCCAAAGUCGUACCUGACGCUCAGAAGCGCAUUAAAACAUUGAAACCUGUACUUACCCCAAGAAACAAUGAUCAGCAACCAACAAUACCCUCCCCUGACAAAGAUGGAUCUCCUAAACGUAUUAAAACUCUGCAACCAGCGUUACCCUCCCCUGACAAAGAUGGAUCUCCUAAACGUAUUAAAACUCUGCAACCAGCGUUACCCUCUCCUGGCCAAGACGGAUCUCCAAAACGUAUUAAAACUCUGCAACCAGCGUUACCCUCUUUUGGCAAAGACGGAUCUCCAAAACUUAUUAAAACUCUGCAACCAGCGUUACCCUCUCCUGGCAAAGACGGUUCUCCAAAACGUAUUAAAACUCUGCAACCAGCGUUGCCCUCUCCUGGCAAAGACGGAUCUCCAAAACGUAUUAAAACUCUGCUACCGGUACUAACCCCAAGAAACGUUGAUCAGCAACCAGCAAUACCCUCCCCUGACAAACAUGACAAAGAUGGAAUUCUGCUACCUGUACUCAGCACCGUUAAUGUAUGUUCUAAUUUAGCCCUACCUGAAGCUGAUGAAGCUGCUCCGGUUGCUAAACGUUUGAAAAGCAUGGAGCCUGAACCCAAGCUGGCUAUAAAAAUUCAUAGUGUGGUUUCACUCAGUGGCGGCACAAUAAAUCCAUUCGAGAACAACUCUCCACCAAAAACAAAUGGGCUGGUUGUACCGACUGAAGUUCGGUUCAAGGAAAUUGCGGGCGACUUUGAAAAGACAACUUACAAUAACAAAGAUGUUGUGAGUCGCUCGCAGUAUGAGUUUGGCAUUCACAUUCUGAAAAGGGACAGUUUCAGUGAAAUGGUGUAUAUGCCGUAUGCGUAUGACAUGAAGCACAACGAGGAUGGGUAUUUCGGCAUGUAUUUUCAUCGUGGCACACCCGACACAGUGAUGGUGGGACCGUUUCAAACGAACGAAGACCCCCAGAUAUUCGUACACCGGGGUCGCAAUCCAGUGUGUGUCACACUGGCCAACAAAUGGUGUGAGGACAAAGAUUUCCUUGACACGUUUUGGAACUGCCACAACAAAGUCCUUUUGAAACAUAUCGUGAAAUAUGCCUAUGCAAAUCGUGCCUAUGUCUACAAGACACGGAAGCCACAACCUAAAUUUAUAAACAUCAUCAGGAGAUCGCUGAAUGUUUCCAAUCAUCAGACCUUGAAUUCUACAAGAAACUUGUGUGCCGAACCAGCUCCACCGGUUGAACUAGAAAGUACGGAGUCAAAGAAAGUUGAUGUCGAUCCAGUUGAAGAUGGUGAAAACAAUCGAGUCAGAUCUUUGAAACCAGCUCCACCGGUUGAACUAGAAAGUACGGAGUCAAAGAAAGUUGAUGUCGAUCCAGUUGAAGAUGGUGAAAACAAUCGAGUCAGAUCUUUGAAAAAAGCAGAAGCUGUAGGUAAGUCUGAACAUGAACCAAUGGAACCCAAAGCUGGUGAAAACACUCAAGUCAGAUCUUUGAAAAAGGCAGAAGCUGAAAACCCGGAAACUGGUGACCAAGUUGUGAACGACAAUGGAUGUGAGCCUGAAGCUGGAACACCGAACAAGGAUGGAGAAUGUACUACAGAUAAAGUUAAAGAGGCAAAGAGAGAGUCUAAAUCAGUAACCCCGAUUUCUGAGCAGCCCACACUAUCUGACCAUCUAAUAGAGAAAGAGAGACAGUUCUUUGAGUUUGCUAGGAAGCUGAACACUUUGGCGCUGAAUAGUGUGAAGCUUUCCGUCAAAAAUAACGAAAUGAACCAGUCAGUCAAAGAUAAUGUGAAGCUUUCCUUCAAGAAUAACGAAAUGAACCAGUCAGUCAAAGAUAAUGUGGAGCUCACCUCUGUUGCUAAAAAGAAAAAGAAGACAGUGACUUUUGCAGAUGAAUUGUUGUUAGUCAUGCCUGAGUCUCCUAAGAAAGUUGAUGCUGAUACUGAACUUGUAAAACAAAAUUCCCUACCUGUACGCAAAGAUGUCAAAAUCGUUGGAUUUGAUAAAGGGAAUCCAGAAGUUAUUGAGAAAAAUAAUGCUGCAGAAAUUGAUAGUCACUUGAUAAAACAAAAUGCAUUAUCUGUAUGCAAAGAUUUAGAAAUUGUGAGAAAAGUUGAUGAUGGAACUAAAAUUGAGAACAAGAAUUUGGUGGAAGCAGGAGUAAAGGACUUGGAUAUAAUCAUUAGAAAAUUCGAUGCAAAAGGAAACGUUGUUUCAGAAGUCGAGAAGAAGGGUAAUGCUGCUGAAAUUGAUAGUCGCUUUGUGAGUAAUAAUGCUUUAUCUGUACGCAAAGAUUCAGAAAUCAAAAAACAUUUUAACAAAAUAGAAAUUAAAAAUAAGAAUGCAGUGGAAGCAGGAGGAAGAGACUUUGAUAUAAUCAUUAGAAAUGUGGAUGAGAAAGGAAAAGUUGUUUCAGAAGUCGAGAAGAAAAGUAAUGCUGCUGAAAUUGAUAGUUGCUUGGUAAGGAAAAAUGCUAUAUCUGUACGCAAAGAUUUAGAAAUAGUUAGAAAAGGUGAUAACAUAACAGAAAUUAAUAAUAAGAAUGCAGUGGAAGGAGAAGGAAGUGACCUAGUCAUUUGGGUAAUUGACGAUAAAGGAAAUCUUGUGAAGAAAAAUGCUCUCUUGCAAAAAAAUAAAGUUGACCACACUUCUAACAAUAGAAAGGAUACGAAUCCAAUUGAGCCAAAGGUUAUCGAAACAAUUGACCUGUGCGAGAGUGAACCAACUGUUCCAAAUGUCACGUUGACAGAAACUCGUGCUGAGCCCACUGAACGUGACAUGAGUAAAAAAAGUGCAAAAGUUGCAAAAAGUAUUGAAAAGCAACCUAAAGUGGAAAGAAAAAUUUACCCUACGAUUGGCUUCCGAAAGAUAGAGCCAAAACCCACUACUCUCUUUUUCGACAAAGGUACGUCAAAAAUGUUUUUCCGAGUCGAUAACGCUAAAAGCAUACUCAAUCUCGAAAAACUUCAGACACCGAAUUCCGCCAAACAAACUGAAGCAGUUGAAGUGCAUAACCCUGUAAUCACAACACCAACUCAAGCUAAAAAACCAGCAACAAAUCAAAUUCAAACAACAAAAGUCAUUGAACCUACUAAGUCGACCAACCAAGUUCAAGUCCUACCAACUACAAGUUCGAGUGCUGCAUCUAAAUCCACUAUAAAAAUGCAAGCUAAAAAUCCAGCAACAAAUGAAAUUCAAGCAACAAAAGUCAUUGAAGCAACCAAGUCGACCAACCAAGUUCAAGUCCUACAAACUACAAGUUCGAGUGCAGCAUCUAAAUUCACUAUACAAUUUCAAACCAGAAAUCCAGCAACAAAUAUAAUUCAAGCAACAAAAGUCAUUGAAACUACUAAUUCGACAAACAAAGAUCAAUGCCUACCAAAAGUCAUUCAAAUACCCAGAUUUCUAAUUCCAAACGCAGCAAAUGGUUCCCCCAUACAAAUUCAAGCCCUACCAAAAGUCAUUCAAAUACCUAGAAUUUUAAACCCAAACGCAGCAACCAAACAAAGUUUCGGUCCACAAUAUUUGCAAUUGUCUCCGUUAACAGAUGGUCAAGAGAAAAAGUUCUCCAUACAGCAUCUGAUACCGUAUGAUGAUGAUGAUACGAUGCAGUCGGCUGGUGAGAAAUCUGUCGGAGGACUAACGAAGCAGAACCCUUCAGACAAACCAAUGCCUCACGUGGUACAAAUUGAUGGCAAAAAGUUUCUACAAACACUGCCCAGUACUUCAUCACUGUCUGCCACAGAAAUACAGAGUAUGUUGAGUAAGGGAAAUAAUAAAGUCCUGAUAACGAUGGGGAAGACUGACAAGUUGGUGUCUUUGCAAAAUAAUCAAAGUGUGGUGAGGUUGACUAAAACACUUGGACUGCAGGCAACUCAAUCGCCUACAAACAGCAUUCAACCUCCAUCAUCUUCUCUUAAUUUACCAAGUGAUGUGUCCAAGUUAACAACGACUGUAACACUGAAGGAAGCUCCAUCAAUAUCAAUCUCGAAUCUUGCUGAAAAGUCAGUGAGUCAACCAACUUCUGUACAGAAAGUGACACCACCGGAAAAAGUUUCACCAUUCAAAGUAGUUGUUGUCUCAAAUCAUGCAGAAAAAACGUCAGAAUCAACCAAAAGCCAUGAAAAAUCACCGAAAGUGUCUAAAGGCAACCAAACUAACUUACCGAAAGUAACGAUUAAAACAAUUCCGAAAAAAGUUUCAGUCACUGAUUAUGCUGAAAAUACGUCAGAUCCAACAAAUACUCCAAAAGAAGUUUCACCACUGGAAACAUCCAUCAUGAAUCAUCAUGAAAAUACGUCACAUCCAACAAAUACUCCGAAAGAAGUUUCUACACUUGAAGCAUCCAUCAUGAAUCAUCAUGAAAAUACGCCAGAUCCAACAAAUACUCCGAAAGAAGUUCCACCACUGGAAGCAUCCAUCACGACUCAUCCUGAAAAUACGACAGAACUAAUAAAAAGUCCCGAGAAAACUACACAGCAAGAGAAGACCGAAUUUGAAGUGAUUGAAGCUUUAAAGAACAAUCCGGAGUAUAUGUUAUCUUUCGGGUUAUCUUUUAGUAAUGAUUGGUAAUCAUUUAUCUCUAUAUCAAUUGUUGAUAUUAUUGAUAAGAAUUGAUUAUUAUGGAAAUCUUGUAAAAACUUGAAUAAUAUAUGUGUACUGACAGUAAUUCUAAAGCUGGAUUCAAUCAGAUUUAAAUCUGAAUCCAAUCAGCUGGAUUCAAUGUCGAAUGUUUUAAUUCAAGCUUGGAUAUAAAUAUCAAUUGUUGAUAUUAUUAAUAAGAAUUGAUAAUUGAUUAUUAUGGAAAUCUUGUAAAAACUUGAAUAUAAUAUGUGUACUGACAGUGUAUAUGUGUACUGGAUUACCAUAUAGUAGUUUCAGUGUAGGUAGCUGAUACAGUGAGAUUGUUACUCCUAUAAGAUAUAAUGCGACAAUUCAUACUUGCUCUGUCUUGCUGGGUGAGAAUACUCCUAUAAGAACUCAUGGAAAUGAUAUUUUCACGUUCACUGUGUAAUGUAGCCUAUUAUUUUACAUAUAUUUUCACAGUGCGAGAGUACCCAUUGUUUAAAAAUUAAAAGUGUCGAAGACGGUGAAAAUUCAUGACAAGUAAAAUGGACUGAAAAAUGUAGGCUAUGCCUCUUGGCAGACGGUUACGAGGACGGGACCUGGUACUAUCUACAGCAGAUAGCCGGCCCAGCUGCCAAGAGGCAUAGCCUACAUUUUUCAGUCCAAUUUUACUUGUCAUGAAUUUUCACCGUCUUCGACACUUUUAAUUUUUAAACAAUGGGUACUUUUGGACUGUGAAAAUGCAUGUCAAAUAAUCGGUCACAUUACAACUGGUACUGAUAUUGUGGGAAAUCCAGGUAAAAGCAGAAUUUAUCUACUUACUGUAUCUACUGUAAUUAUCUGAUUAUAUCAACUGUUGUUUCUUGAU